AUGGAGGUCCUGCAGCUCCUGCGCCUGCUCCUCACCACUGCCAUGCUGGGCCUCUCCCAGACAGUGAACCCCUUUGUGGCCCAGCAGACUCCCCCAGACCCUUGCUACGACGAGAGCGGUACUCCUCGCCGCUGCAUCCCUGAAUUUGUCAAUGCUGCCUUCGGGAAGGAAGUCCAUGCCUCCAGCACAUGUGGGAAGCCCCCAACACGGCACUGCAAUGCCUCAGACCCCCGCCGAGCCCACCCACCUGCCUACCUGACCGACCUGAACACUGCCUCCAACAUGACGUGUUGGCGUUCAGAGACCUUCCACCACUCACCCCAGAAUGUCACCCUCACCCUCUCCCUUGGCAAGAAGUUUGAGGUGGUCUAUGUCAGCCUCCAGUUCUGCUCACCCCGUCCUGAGUCCACUGCCAUCCUCAAGUCAAUGGACUACGGCAAGACGUGGGUGCCGUACCAGUACUACUCCUCUCAAUGCCGUAAGAUCUACGGCAAACCCAGCAAAGCCACUGUCACCAAGCAGAACGAGCAGGAGGCCCUGUGCACUGAUGGCCUCACUGACCUCUACCCACUCACUGGAGGGCUCAUCGCAUUCAGCACCCUCGACGGACGACCCUCCGCCCAGGACUUUGACAGCAGCCCCGUGCUCCAGGACUGGGUGACAGCCACAGACAUCCGUGUGGUCUUCAGCCGCCCGCAUCUCUUCCGUGACCUUGGCAGUCGGGAUGCUGGUGAGGAAGAGGGGGGCACUGGCUCGACCCCCUAUUACUAUGCAGUGGGGGAGCUGCAGGUCGGUGGGCGCUGCAAGUGCAACGGGCACGCGGCGCGCUGCGUCAAGGACAAGGAGCAGAAGUUGGUGUGUGACUGCAAGCACAACACGGAGGGUCCCGAGUGUGACCGCUGCAAGCCCUUCCACUACGACCGACCCUGGCAGCGAGCCAGUGCCCGCGAGGCCAACGAGUGUCUGGCCUGCAACUGCAACCUGCACGCCCGACGCUGCCGCUUCAACAUGGAGCUGUACAAGCUCUCGGGCCGGAAAAGUGGUGGUGUCUGUCUCAACUGCCGGCACAACACCGCGGGGAGGCACUGCCACUACUGCAGGGAGGGUUUCUACAGGGACCUCAGCAAGUCCAUCACCGACCGCAAGGCCUGCAAGGCUUGUGACUGCCACCCAGUCGGCGCAGCCGGCAAGACCUGCAACCAAACCACAGGACAGUGCCCAUGCAAGGAUGGUGUGACUGGCCUCACCUGCAACCGCUGUGCCAAGGGCUACCAGCAGAGCCGCUCGCCGGUGGCUCCCUGCAUCAAGAUCCCUGCCAUCAACCCCACCUCCCUGAUCACCAGCACAGAGGCACCUGCAGACUGUGACUCCUACUGCAAGCCAGCCAAGGGCAACUACAAGAUUAACAUGAAGAAAUACUGCAAGAAGGACUAUGUGGUCCAGGUGAACAUCCUAGAAAUGGAGACGGUGGCCAACUGGGCCAAGUUCACCAUCAACAUCCUUUCUGUCUACAAGUGCCGUGACGAACGGGUCAAGCGUGGUGACAACUUUUUAUGGAUCCACCUGAAAGACCUGUCCUGCAAGUGCCCCAGGAUCCAGAUCAGCAAGAAGUACUUGGUCAUGGGAAUCAGUGAAAACUCCACUGACAGGCCUGGACUGAUGGCUGACAAGAACAGCCUGGUCAUCCAGUGGCGGGACGCCUGGACGCGCCGCCUGCGGAAACUGCAGCGGCGGGAGAAGAAGGGGAAGUGUGUGAAGCCCUGA